UCAAGAGCAGUAGAAAUUUCUAUUUUUCAUAAAUAGUUUGAUUAUUUAUUUUGGUAUUUUGUGGGAAAACCCGCUCUCGAUAUUCGAUUGGUGAAUAAACAAAAUGCAAAACAUGAGUGAAUUUAAAUCGAAACAAUCGAAUUGAGUUGUCUGCGCGCGUGUAUUUCUUGAAAGAAGAAAAAGAGAAAAAAGUAACGAAGACGAGAAGCAAAAGGAAAAAUACCAAAACCAGACAAAAUGUGCUUUUAGUAUUGUUAUUUCGAAAUAAAAUAAACAAGAAAAAUAGAGUGUAUGAAUCCGAGCAAUGAAAUUGAUCAAAUCAAAGAAGUACUGCCAGUAAAUUUUAUGAUUUGUGUUUGCAAUAGAGAAGCAAAUCAAAUCAUUGAAAUUUCGGCGGUGACAACUCACAUAAAACGCCAAUGAACCGAAGACUUUCUUUGGAUAAACAAGGAAUAUUAUCCCCGACGGGAUCAUUUUUGACGCCAAGUCCAUCACCUUCAAUACCAGCUAGCCCACGACUACAACCAUCACCAUCACAAUCGCCGUUUCAAUCAUCAGAUGUGAUUGUUAUAGGAAAUAAUUCAAAUCAAGACAGCGUAUCUGCGCCCAUAAGGCGGCAAUCUUUUAAUCAAAUAAGUAGCCCAAACACUAGCGCUGUGGUUUUCAGACCGAGUCCAACUCAAUCACCGGCUGCUGCCACAACCGUGGUUGGCGUAGUCGGUAAUGAAUUCAAUACAACCUUAGUUGGAUCCAACAAUAUUUCAUUAAAUAAGAAGGGUAAGCGAAGCGCUGUUAAUCAGCAUGGAAGUGGAUCUGUUAAUACAGGCAAUUCCAAAGCUUCCUCGUCGACGUCGUCGUCGGCGAAAAAAGCAGCAGGAUCAAACACAGCCACAAAUAUAAUAACAAAUACAGAUUUAUUCGCUAAAAACAUUCGAACGCCGCCUCCAGUUCAAUCGGUUACAUAUUCAAAUAGCACAACUCCGUUAUCCUAUCAACCGGUCUUAGGUGGUGCUGUUAUUCAACAACCAACAAAUCAGGUGCAAAUUCCUAACGCUGCAUCAGCAGUCAAACACAAUAAAUUACCACCACAAAUAUUACCCAAGCCGAACAUUUCAAACAGCAGUUCUGUGAUCACGCAACCUAAAAACACGACUUCAAUGUCGACCGCUCAAUGUGAAUCGAAUCUAACGCAACAGCAACCGCCACAACAUCAACCCACUCAGCCACAGUUAAAUACACAACAAAUGCAAUCCAAUACACAAACGCCGACACCACAGCAAAACGCACCAUUGAUCACUACAGCAGCACAACAUCCAGCCCAACAAGCAUCACCCAUCAUUUUACCCAAUUUAAAUCAAUUAUUGCUGAAUCAAAUGCUUCAACAAAAUGCUCCAAUGAUCCUUCAACAGAAUGCACCUCAGGGUGUUCAAUUAAUUUUAAGACCACCAACUCCACAAAUUGCUGUUAUCCAUAAUUCUCGGCCACAAAUUCAAACGCCGCAGCAACCUCAACAGUUGCUUCGGAUCGUUAAUGCAAACGGGCAAAUGCAAUUAGCAACUGCGACACCAACAUUUAUCGUUUCGUCACAGUCGAAUUUAAUCCAGCAAAAUUUGCAAGGAAUCAAAGCGCAAACAUCAAAUCCACUGAAUCAAUUGCAAGGUCUUACAUCGCAAGGACCACAACAAAUAGCUGCGAUCAGUGGUGGACAACUCAUUGGACGGAGCAUGGCUCAAAUACAAUUGAACGGCAAUCUUGCCCAAAUUCAAAUGCCAAAUGGCCUGAAUGGCCAAUUUAUAUCGCAAAUACCGGCACAAUUUCAACAAAAUGUCACAGGUUUCAAUCAAUUCAAUCAAUUAGGUAAUACAAAUUUUCAACAAUUGGCCACAACGGCAACCGGUACAUAUAUUCAAUCGCCGCCACCACAACAAUCAUCCGAUAUGGUCGUUACGGGGCCCAAUAUCCAAUUUACAACACAACAAACACAGAAUGUAUCUGUUGCUCAACCAUUACCUUCAUCGCAAAUCAUCGCUGUGCCCCCUCAACAAACACAAUUAAUUCCGACAACAAUUCCCACUCCAGAGCCAAUUCGUAAUCCAACACCCAUUUUACCUACAAAUGCUGUUGUUGUUCCCGAUUCACCAAAAAAUCAAGUCUUUUCACAGCAUCAACCAACAAGUGAGCUAUCAACUGAGAUGGCGCCCACAACAAAAAAGCCUGCCAAAAAACCAAAAAAACCUAAACCGAAAAAGGAUUCAAUAAGUCAAGCGACAACACCACUGAUACAAACAUCACUUAGUUCAGUUGCAGUUACAUCACAAACACAAAGUCAUGCCAAAAUUGUACAGACAAGUAAUCCGCCCAUUGUGAGCCAAGCACCAGUAACUACGCAAUCGAGUCAAACAUCAUCACAGUUACCAUCGCUAACAACAAGUACUGGCAAAUUAGAUUUGGCCAAUGUCAUGAAAUUGUGUGGCAUUAUGGACGAUGAAGACUUUAUGGAUAUGGACGAAACUCAACCGCCACCCAGCACCACACCGUAUGAUAUGCCUGCAAGCAUAAACACAUCAACACCAAGUGAUAUAAUGGUCACUAUACCAUACGUACAAAAUUCCGACAUGUCGCACAAUCGAGCUUUUUCGUUUACGAUACCUUCGGUUGAGAGUGGAAACACUUCGAUGGCAUCGUUUUCGGAUGCGUCAAAGCCGAUAACAACAAAGCCAAAUGGUGACGCAGCAAAUGUUUGUGAUGGAAAAAUGCCAACGGAUCGACAGUAUAUGAUAAAAAUUGACAAUAAUGACGGCACGCCACCGUUUCCACUGUCGAUAACAUUGCCACACAAUCUUGGUCCAACGACGGAUAGCUGUGAACCGAAUAAAAUUGUUUCAAUGCCAGUUACAUCACAAAACAAUCAAACAAUGCCUUUGAGCAAUCCAAUAUCAACACCAACGCUACAAAGUCAAAUCAAUAAAAUUCAAAAUCAAUUGAUUGGCGUACAAAAUCAUGGCGCAUCGAAUAGCUCAACAAUAAGCACAAUAACCGCCACCAGCACAUCAUCGAUAUCAACGACAACUCUGACAACAAGCUCCGCUCAAAAAACAACAAAAAAGAAGCAAACCAACAAACGGAACAAUAAAAAAAUCAUGGAAACUAUAAAUGUGCCAAGUCAAAUUGGAAACAUCCAGAUAUCACAAGUGGAUCGAAAUAAAUGUACACCAAAUCAAAGUGGAAAGGCGAUUGAAAAUCAAAUUCAAAUUACACCGAUUGUGGACUCAAAUAAAUCAACCACGCCCAAUCAACUAACGAACAAUGUCAUUGGCAUAACAUCGUCGCCAGCGCAACAGGUUCCACCGUCCAUAAAUAAUUUGAAUAGCAACCAGGCAAUAACAAUGAAUCUACAACCAAAUCAACAGAUACUCAACAUUCCAAACAAUGUGCAGAUAAUCUCAUCAUCGUCUAGCAAUUUAAGUACACAUGGCAAUAUAAUAACAAAUUCGAUAUCAUCGCAUCAGGGAAAUAAUGGGGGUUGCGUUAGCACUGGCGGUGGUAGUGUUAUAAUCAGUACAUCACAAUCGUAUCCACAGAUUGGUAUGCAGCGGCCAACGAUUCAAUCAUCGGGCGUACAAACAAUUACCAAUCACGGUGCAUUGAUUAAUUCAAAUGCUCAAUUGUCACAAUCGAGCCCAGUACCACGCCAAAUACAGAUGACAAUGCAACCAACGCCAAACAUUCAAAUGCAAAUGUUACCAACAUCAACGCCAAUUCAAACUGAACCACCACAAAUGACCACAUACCCACAAUUAACGGGUAGUUUGACGCUAUCGUUUUCGGAAGAUGGUCGUUUACUUUUAAAACACAAUGCAAACGCACCACAAGAUUCACAAUCUCAAAUGAUCUUGCAAGCAAUUCUCACUGGAGCUCUGUGCAAUGUAACGCUGAUCAAUGAACCAACAACAACACCAACACCAACACCUCAGCCAAAUAUUCAACAGACAAAUCUUAUUGACAGCAAUAAACCAUCAAUAAUUCUCAAAUCAAACGAAGCUGUGCCAAAGCCAAUCAUUUCAAGUAGCAAUACCAUGGUUACGAAUGUCAAUGAACGACCGCAACUGAUAACAUCACAACAACCUACACAGAAAACACAGAAUUUCACAAAUAUGAUACAACCGAUUCAAAAUCAUCAGCAACAACCCACUGCUUCACAGCAACAGCAACAGCAACAACAAGUACCUCCAUCACUACAAACAUCACAAAUACAGGCAAUAUCGCAACAACAAACAACACAGAAUAUUACAGUUAAUGUGCCACCCAAUGCAAUGAGCAAUGUUCUCGGCAACAAUUUUCAUCAACAACCCCAACAGACAACGAAUCCAGGUGUUAUACCAACGACCACAAUUGAAUUGCCGAAAAUAGCACCGAAUCAACAAUUAUUUUCACUGAACACAAUUACAAAUCAAAUAACACAAUUGUCGCCGGGUCUAACAACAGCCGCUCUCGGUCCGAUGGAAAGGCUAUUGAUUGUGCCGGCCGGUGUUAAUAAACAGCAAUUGGCAAAAUGUUUAAUACAGGGUCAAAUUCAUUUCGAUAAUAUUGGUCAGGCAACACAAGCGAAUGACGCAAAACCCAAUAUUCAGCAACAUCAAUCAAUGCCACAAGCCAUUGUACAGCCAAAUGUUCAAGGUCAAUCGCAGCCACAACCACAGAUACAAACAUCGAAUCUCAUGCAACAGCAUCAGCAGCAGCAUCAGCAGCAGCAGCAGCAGCAGCAGCAGCAGCAGCAGCAGCAGCAGCAGCAACAACAACAACAACAACAACAACAACAACAACAACAACACCAGCAAAGAAUCAAUUUACCAAAUGUAAAAUCAACGAUGCCCACAAUGGCUGCCGUACCACCAAAUGUUGUCAACAAUAAACCCGAAGCAAAGCCCAAGAAAUCGCGAUCGAAAAAACCAAAGGCCGAAUUAAAUAAGGGCGUAAAUAAAUCGGAUACAGUGACUAAAAUUGAUGAAAAUUCGAAAAAAGAAAAUGAUGUGUCCAAGAAUAAUAUAAUUAUAUCAACAAAUGUUCCUGCGGAUGGAAAUAUCGCGCUAAAAGUACCAAACGACAUGCAAACCAAAUCAAUAAAUGUAUCAAAAGUUAAUCCAUCACAACCUAAUCACAUACAUUCAAUGGUGGUGCAAAAUUCAAACAACGAUCCGACACAUAGUUUGGCAAAUGCAUCACGAAUUAUGUCACAGCAACCGCCGAAUAUGUUGUCAACACAACCAAUCAUAUCGCAGCAGCCACAACAAUCACCAAAUCAAAUGAAUGCCAAUAAAAUGGGCCAAAUGACAUCGAACACAACACAAAAGGGAUUAACCAUCACAGUAAAUACAUCACAAUCGAAUUUACCGCCAUUGAUUAGUGUUAAUCAGCCACAAAUGAUGGUAUCACCGACCCACGUGCCUCGAGUACAAACCAUUCAAUUGACACCACAAAAGCAACAAUCAUUGAAAACGGUGCAAAUGCAAAUUCAAACAUUGUCUAGUCGUUUGCAAAAUAAAAGCCUUUUGUCAUCAAUUCGACCCGAUAUGAGCCCAUCGAAUCCAUUGUACAAUAAACCAUUGCCAGUGCUUACGAAUUUAAAUUCAAUGAACGAUAUGGAUAUCUAUCAGGCAUUACAACGUUUAUUUAUUGAACAGCAAAAAAUUUUGGCAACCGGUAAAGUUAUUUCAACUCUACCAGCUGGUCCGAAUUUCACUGCGAAUGUUCCCAUUUCAACGGCACCAAUCAUCAGCAAUCAGGCAACUGUAUCGCCAGUGAAAAAGGCUACCGUUGAAAAUAAAGCGCCAAUUGUUACGACCACUAUUCCAUCAGUAAUGCCAAAUAAUAAAAUGAAACCGAAUUAUGCAGCGAGACCAAUGCAAAGUCUACAACCCGUAUGUAUCGUUUCACCGCAGCAACAACAGCAACAACAGCAACAACAGCAACAGCAGCACCAGAACCACCACCAGCAGCAACAUCAACAUCAACAACAGCAGCUGCAGCAGCAAAAGCCACCAAUAGUAAUGGCCAAAUGUGAAGUAACAUCAUCGAUAGCCACAUCAUCGCCGAUUGUUAGUCCGGUAAUUUCGACCGCCAAAGAGGCAACGAAACAAAUUUGCUCACCAAAACCAGCCGAACCGAUUUCAAAAGUACAAACAUCCGCAUCAACAGUAUCUUGUGUACCACCAGAGACCGUGGCAAUCCAACAACCAAUACAACCGAUUCCAGAUUCUCGAUCUAGUUUAUGGGAGAGACAACUGAAAGUUGAUCAAGAUAGCUGCAUCAAUCCGGACUAUAAAAGUCCAUUCCAAAGUAAAGAGGACGCUGUCUUGCGACUAAUCAGGUAUCACUGUUUGUACUCGGAGAAUGAACCGGACAAUGAAAAUCAAUCGGAAGAUGAGGAACGCUUUGUCAAUGUUGCAUACGAACUGAAAGAAAAAUACAACAUGAUGAUGAACAAAUACCAAUUGCUUUUAAUGAAAGAAUCGAUGCGCACUGUAAGAACAUCCGAAUUGAUGAUGUUAGAUCGAAUGCUUGUGUCGGAUAUUCAAGAGGAAAUUUCGUUGAUUCAAUCUGAAUUGAAAAAUUUAAACGAAGAAAUCGCUGACACGCAAAUUGAUAAUAUCGUAAAAGAGAUUUCACCAAUUGAAUCCAAUGAAAAAAUCAAUUCCAAUGUAUUUGCAAUGCAACGUGAUCAAAUGAAAUCGAACUGUUGUAUCAAAAUGAAUAACGAUGACUUCGAAUGUGAGGAAAAGCCAUCGAUCGAUUUGAUCAAGAAAAAUUCGGAAAAAAUCAACGAUUCAUUUUUAUCGACGAAUAGCAUGAGUCAAGCGAUAAAAAAUGAAAUGAAAGGUGAACAACAAGAUUUUAUACCAACAACUGUCACCGAAUUCAAUAACCAAAAUAUGGGUCGACAGACAAACAAUAUGAAUGCAAACAACGUGUCUGGAUCAAAUCUAACCGAAAUGGAUAUAAAACCAUCAUUUCAAUCAGUAUCGAACAAAGAGAAUUCACUAUCUCAAUUGGAUAUGAAUUUUGGCUAUGAUCCGAACUUGCUUGAUCCACCGAAACGUGCCCAAACUAGCUACGAUGUGAAAAAAGAAUUUGACAAUUUGGAUAUUGAAUCGGAAAUAACGCCGUGCUAUAUAUCGAAAAAAUGCGAUCAAUCGAAUCGAUCGGAUAUUGUUCAUAGUCCAUUGAGCUCAUCCGAUUUUGAUUAUUUGUGCAGUCCAAGUGACAGUAAUACAAAUCAUGCAACCAGCAAUCGUCGAAAAGAUGAAUUAAUCGCCUGUGAUAAAGAACCGUAUGACGAAUGGCUUUGCAUUCAAAAAGAAUUGAAUUUAAUAUCCGAUAAACGAUCAAACGAUUUGAAUAUUGAUGGUUUCAUGGAAUCCACAUUACGGAAUUUCAGCAAUGACGAUGAAAAUCCAUGUUCAAGUUCAAAACUAAAUGUGGACAAUCAAUUUUCGGAUUUAUUCAGUCAACGUCCAAACGAUUCGCAUAAUCUUGACGAUGAAAAAACUGAUAUGGACAGCCAUUUGCCACUGUCCGAAUUGUUCAACGAUUCGAUAGUAAAUAAUACGGUUGAUAAUGUUGAUGCCGGUGAUAAAUCGGUUGAGAAUCGCUUGGAAAAUAUGUUCAACGAUAAUCCGGACUUUGAUAAAACCAACGAUCUGGUUGAGUCACGAUUAGAAGAACUAUUUCAUGGUUCAUCGCCAUCACAUUCAUCCGUAAAUUCAUCGCAGGUUGUGAAUAAAAUGAAUCAAACGUUCCAUCAUGUUGAAAAUCAUUCCGAAUUCAUGAUGACACCACAUCAACAAACAACCGGCCAGAAUAAACGUCAUUGGCCGAAUAACGGUGAUGUAUUGCCGCAAAUGAAUAUGAAUCAAUUGCAUCCAUCAAAGCGAUCGUGUAUGAUGACCUCGUUCAUGGAAACCACAAAUUCAGAUGAUCAUCAAUGGAUAAUGGAUUGUCAACAAGCGUCCAGCUAUGAUUUCCACAUGGAUGCCGAUGUAAAUAAACGCAAUGGCAACAAUUCAUGGAAUGGUAUUUUGGCCUGUGAUAAUGGCAUUGAAAAUGACAAUGUUUUGAUGGGCGGCGAUAUGGAACAAAAGAAACAAUCCUGUUUCAAUGCGAUGUCGGUGAAAACAAACGAUCUAAUUGAACGUGAUCUCCUAGGUUUAAGUGCGCAUUCAUCGCCAUCAACAUUGGACAAUGCAAAUUCGGUAUUGAUGCAUAUGCAUAAUGAAAAUGUCUAUCAGACAGGAGCUGAUAAUAAUGUCACACAGUCAAAUGCCAACGACAAUGCCAAUAAUAUUGCGCCCAGUUUUGAUGACGAUAUGGUUAAUCAGCAUGUGCAAAAUGCAAUUGAUUCAAUUUUAAAUUUACAAAAUAGCGAAAAUGAAUCAUUGCAUUUUAUGGAUCAAUCGAUGGGCUCAUUUUUAUCAGAUGGACCAUUAACACCAAAUCUAAUACAUCAACAAGCAUCGACGGCAAACGAUUUUCAUUUCUCACCAUCUCAAAAUACACAUCAAAAUUCACCGUUUCUAAGCUGAUCGAUCAAUAGCGAAUUGGUAUUCUAAGAUGCAUUCGAAUUGUUGUUUGGUUAAUGCAAAUCAUGCAAACCACAAUUUCUUUUUAUAUAGUAUAUUGUUGGCAAAUGAUCGGAAAAGGCACAGUUUUAGUUUCACAUUUACAUUUACACGGGCACAAUGAAAAUGCAUUGUGCAAUACAAAAGAGAAGAGAACAUUCUUGUUUUUAAACACUUUGACGCGCACACAAACACACACACACACGAUCUCCUUGUAUACAAGCUCAUUUAUAAUUACCGUUGAAAUGAAGCUUUAAAAACAAAUUAUUAUAUGUUAUAUUGCAAUCGAACAAUAACUGUUCGGUAAAAACAACAACAACAAAAAACACACAUACAUUUUUUUUUAUUUAAAUUUCAUUUGUGACUAUGGAAACGCUUGUAUCCGGCUUUUAAUUUAUUUAAUUUUCAUACAAAAAAGUAACAAUUAAACUAAAAAAAAAUAAUUUGAUGAUAGCAAAAAAUUUCGUGCAUUCUUUUAUAAAUGACAAAACACAGACAAGAAAAUAAUUCAAUUCAUUAUGCCAACAUUUGAAGGAGCCCACUGACACACACACCCACAAAACAGUGUACAUAUCAAAUGCAACAAAUUUAUCCUCUCAAUGUGUGUUUAUUGAUGGCGUUGUGAAAUGAGUAUGGCUCGAGAUAAAUAUUUUCAGUUUCGGAUUUGAUCCAGAUUUUAAAAGAAAACGAACAUUCAAAAAAAAAUGUCCGGCACAUUCAUUAACUGCUUAGCAUCAAGAACAUACUACAUGGAAAGGUAUGGUAAAAGCACUAUAUCCAAUUAUCUUUCACGAGAAAAAAUAACAUGAAUUAGGUGGUUAACCUGAGUGGAAGCCGAAUUUCAAUAUUGAUUUUCAUUCCAACAUUCUUUUAUUUUAAUUUAUUGACUGAAAUGUGUUUAGCGUGUACUUUAAAAUUCAACAAAAGAAACGAAAAUUGUUUUACAGGGUUUAUAAUUACAGUGGAGGAUCCAGAGACCUCCACAAGCACACUUAAAAGAAAGAUAGAGAAAAAAAAACUAUGGAAAUGUUUUGUUAUGUAUGCUAGAGAAUCUCUCGUAGCAAGAGAAAACGAAAUUUGUGCAUUAGAUGCAAUGGAAUCUGCGUCAUUUUUAAGAGAGCGCACGAUGCGAAAAAAAAUAAGUUGAUUUGGUUGUAAUUUUGUUUAGAAGAAUUUAGCAAAAAAAAAUUCACAGACAUAGAGAAUUGAAACAAAAAUGUAAAGAAAAAAAAAACAUUUUAAAAUCGUGAAAACUGCACAAAAGACUGUAUAAGAAAAUUAUUGACUAGCCUUAGGGUGCUAAAAUAAACUGAAACAAAAACAAAGACGAUGAACUUUUAUGUGCGAACAUUUGAAUAUUUUAAAACGAGCAUUUUAAAAUGCAAUUUGCAAAUUGUUUGAAUGGACAAAUUGCGAUUGCAUUCAAUUGGUACAUUUCGCUGUAGCAAAUUUCAUAGAUUAAUAAUCGAAAGCUUAACGAGUGAAGAAAAAAUCACAGAACAAAUGCUCUCGAUUUUAUUUAAUCGCCUGUACAAUUUCAUCGACUUGCUGAUCGAUCGUAAAUAACGACGACGACAACGCAGAAACAAAAGUAAACAAAACAAAAAUGCGUUAGUGUUUUCAUGAAACAAGUUUUACUAGCAAUUUUUUCUUGCGUAUCCCUAGCGUGAUUUAUUGUGAAAAUAAAAUAUAUUUAUUUUUAGUUUAACAAAUUCGAAGAGAGAGAGAGAUAGAGAGAGAGAGAGAGAGAGAGAGAGAGGGAGGGAGGGGGGAAUAAUGGGGUCAGAUUAUAUGCAAUGCACAUUUUCCUUUUUUUCUAUUUUUCCCCUUUUGGUUCAGUUGACCUGAGAAACAUUCUUUGAAACACAUUACAAGAAAUUGAUAAGUAAACACUUAAAUUAUAUGCAACAAAACAAAAAAAAAAAAAACAAAAUCUUCAAGCGGGAUUGGUAAAUAAAAUGGAAAAUGUUACUAUUUAACGAAAAUCCAUCAAUAGCAAGAUAACAAAUGCAAAAUUUAAUACAAUUCGCACUUAAUUUAUUUUAUUGAACAUUAAAUAUAAAAAUAUAAAUGUACUUAUUUUGUUUCGUCCCCUCGCCCCCAUAAUUUAUGCUUUAAUUGACAUCACAUGAAAUAACAAUUUAUUUAUCAUUGAACAUUUGCUGACUGAUCUUGCCUAACCUAAAAUUCUACACGUUAAUGAAAAAAAUUAAAUUCAGAGGAAAAGCUAGACAAAAAAAAAAUGAAAUCAUUUCAUCACAAAACGAACUAAUAUAUAUUAUUUUUCAAACUGAUACUAAAACGUACACAAUGUUUUUUUUUUUUUUAAUUCAAAACGGGUUGAAAAAUUAUCAAAGGCCGAACAAUAUUUGCGUGCAUAUUUAUAUACUUUUCACAGUAUUUCUCAAUGUUUGUUUCUAUUAUUUCAAAUCACAAAAGUGAAAAACCAAAAAAAAAUUAAAACUAAAACACUCGCAGCAAUAAGUUUUAAGGACAAGAAAAACACUGAGCAUAUGGAUGUGAAACGUAUUGAGAAAAAAAAA